AUGUCGGUCACCGAUGAGGAUCCGCCCGGCUCCUCGGCCGUGUCACCGAAGGCCCUGGAAAAUCUGGCGGGACCGUCGCGGGCCGAGGAUUCGCAGGUGUGCGCGAUUUGCGGGGACAAGGCGACCGGCAAGCACUAUGGCGCCAUUUCGUGCGACGGUUGUAAAGGUUUCUUUCGUCGCACCGUCCGGAAGCGGCACAACUACAGCUGUCGCUUCAAGCGGAUGUGUAUUGUUGAUAAAGAUCACCGAAACACCUGUCGAAGAUGUCGAUACGAUGUUUGUAUGAGGAUGGGCAUGAAAACGGAGGCCGUUCAGAUCGAGCGUGACCGCAUCGCCAAGCCAUCACCGACAGCCGCUACAGUAGCCGAGGAACCGCUUUUAGAAGAGCUUCUCCAAGCCGAAGCAGCGGUUAGGCAACUUCGCUCGAGCGUCAUUACCAGGACUUCUGAUGCAAGACGAGGAGAAGCCACGACCAUUGAUGUGACUGAUAGUAUGCACCAACAGCUCGUGCUCAUGGUGGAGUGGGCCAAGAGAUUGGUGUCAUUUUCUAAAUUGCCGAUGCGGACGCAGGUCGGGUUAUUACGCCACUUCUCCGCCCAACACCUCGUCAUGUGCGCGGCAUUCCGCUCAAUCCACCUUGACGACGCCGUGUGGCUGACUAACGAGACACGACUCCAUAAGAAUUCCACAAAAGUGCCAGACGUCAACCGUGUAGCCGCCCGGAUCGUCGAUCAACUAACGGUACCGAUGCGGCGGCUUCAGAUGAACGAGAUCGAAUACUGCGCCUUGAAGGCGGUCGCUUUCUUUGAUCCAAUCGCAAAAGGGGUGGACGAUUCCUACGAAGAGGUGGAUCUGUCGCGGCAGGAGGUGCUCGACGCCUUCGAGCGGUACGUCAGAUUUGUGUCCCCGCUGCGAGAGGUCCCAAGAAGACUCUCACAACUGCUGCUCCUCCUCCCUCCGGUGCUCGGCAUCGCGCGCGACCUUGUCGAAGACGUGCAGCUGGCCAAGCUGUUUGGGCUCGCUUCGAUCGACAGACUGAUGGCCGAGCUGAUGCUCCCCGGCGAGAACCACCAUAACGAGGAGAAAAUGGAGGACGGGAGCCCGCUCUAUAGCCCCGCGCCCAGCAUCCAUGUCCACACCUCCGAAGCCCCAGCUAGC